AACACGUAUGGAUUUGGGAGGACUUACACCUGAAAAUCACUUCAGCAAGUCUGAACUGACAAUUAGCGUCUCACACAAAGCAGAGCCAGCCUGUGUGUACGCUACAUUUCAUUUCCCUCACUGCUUAAAUGCAGAGCACAACAUCAGUGAUGUUUGCCUCCAGAUAAAACAAGCCUUCCCGCAUUGCUCUUACGAAACGACCUGUUUAGAGCCCUGUUUAGCCAAGCUUUCGCAUGUUAAUACUUUCAGUAAAUCCACACCUUUCAGAGGCCUUCUCCUCUCAUGUCAUGUAGCAGCCAACUUUACUCACCUGACUUGACACACUUAGAAAAUGACUGGGGUGAUGUCACACACUUUCUCUUUACUGACACUCACUGGACAACUGCGGUAAUGACAGGAAAGUUCAGGAACUCACUGGAAGUAAAACAGGCUUCUUUAUAAAGCCUGAGCAGCUCACAGCGCUCAGGUCAAAUCAAAGAGAGCUGCUACGCUAUCUGACAGAGCAAUCAAGAGUCAACACAACCGUAGAAGAGAAUGUUGAGUCUGUACGGCUUACAGCCUUCAUUCAGCCCAUUCAUGGACAUUCCCUGGCCUGUGCGCAGUCUGUGGCCUGAGGUUGUUCCUCUUUACCAUCACAGAGAUGCACUGCUGAAAAACAUGCAGGGCAUAGAGACUACUUUGAAGCUUUUGGAGAAACUUCAGCACGAGAUCUUUCAGAAAGUCUCCCAGACCGCCGCCUCUGACGUGGUCCAGCCGCUCUCCUACGCAGUGGAGAAAGAGGGAGGUGGUUUUGCCUUGACCCUGGAUGCUAAAGGCUUCUCCCCCGAGGAACUGUCCGUCAAACAGGUGGGAAGGAAGCUGCGCGUCUGCGGGAAGACAGAGAAGAGAGAGGAAGAUGGGAAAGGAUCUUACUCACACAGAGUCCAGGAGUUCAGGCGGGAGUUUGUCUUGCCGGAAGGAGUGAAUCCAGAGGCGCUGAGCUGCUCCCUGGCUGAUGGAAAACUAUUCAUUCAGGCACCAAACACACAGCAGUCUGAAAAACCUGACAGAGUGCUAACCAUCGACAGCAGUCAAGCUGGUGAGAUAGCUCGGUCAGAAACCACACAGACCCAGGACAGCACCACUGAAACACAGAGAGCAGCGGAGCAAAAGCUUGGCUGAAGAGAGCGAGAACGUCUGUAGCAGAAUUGUACGGCUCCGCGUGUAGGGCCAGUGCGGCAACUUUUUUAUCUGUCCAUUGGAAAUAUAAUG